CGGAAGCUUGUAUCUGAGAGUGUUCAAAGUAAAGUGAAAAACCAAUGCUAACAUUCCCUCUUGAUUAUUAUUAAUUAUUUUAAACUUAUUUUUUAAUAAUAAAAUUAAAGUAAAUAACAAAAUAAAAUGGUACCAAGAGUCGUUAACCGACCACGGUGGCAUGCAGUUAAUCCCUAUGAAAUGAUCUUUUGCCAUACAAAAAAGUUGUUAAGGAUAAUUUUCAACUUAACGAAAAUUUACUCAAACACCUCAUUCCUAGCAACGGUUAUUCACCUUAUUAUUAUUAUAAUCUAUAAUCAAUUCUUCCAUUGUUAAUGCUUUUGGUUGCAAAAAUUCAUUCAUCAUCAUCUCUUUCUGGUUUCCCUAUCACAUUGCCAUUGUCUUUGGAGGAUGGCUGCUAGCUUCACCUAUUGGGAUGAUUGUGUUGAUCCUGAGGAUCUAGAGGCAAUGUGGAAUGUACCUGAAGUUAGCGUCGAGUGGUUAAAAGCUGGCGAGGAGCAAGGUCAGAAAGUUCACCUCUCUCGCGAUCCUGAUGGACAGCCGUAUUUAACACAGACGGAAAUGAGGGCUGUAGCUGACAUUGUUAUUAACCGGCACUUUCAGUCGGAAAUAAAUCCCGGCAUGAUUUGUGCUAUUGCUGAACUCGAAAGUGACAGGAUCCUACUUCUUACGAACACUGGCCGCAAAUCUAAAGAGCCUAAUGUAGGGCUUAUGCAACUUCUACCAAAAACCGCGCAAUGGUUGAUAAGUGGAUUAGGUUAUAGUUCAUAUGCGGCGGAAGAUAAUAUAGAAUACCUAUUCAAACCUUUUGUAAAUGUAUAUCUCGCGGCUGCCUAUCUUAAAUGGCUGUCAUGCUUCGAUAACAAACAAAGAGAUGAAGAGUUUAUUGUAAGAGCAUAUAAAGGCGGUACGAAGAAGGCAACUCACAAAUCAACGCUGCGUUAUUGGAAAAGCUACCUUGCUGUCAAAGAAAGUUUUCCAUGCAGAAAAUCCGUCGAUGAUAGUCCUCCAUCGAACUAUGCUGGGGCUCCCGUUCAUUCUCAUACCGGAUCUCCUAUACAUUCAGCACAAUCAAAAGAUGCAAAUGAUGAUACUUAUUGGGAUUCCAGAACAUCUCUGGAAGACAUGGAAGCUAUGUGGAAUCAUCCUGCAGUCCGAAAAGUAUGGAAUAAGUCCAAACAAAAACGCGGAAAGGUGCGUUUUUCUCAAGAUGAAAAAAAGAGACCGUAUCUUUCCCGCGUGGAAAUGAAGGCAGUUGCAGAUAUAGUUCUAAUCAAAUACCUCAGCAAACCAAAAACUAAAUCGACAGUACUUUGUGCCAUUGGAGAGGUUGCUAGCAUGCGCUUUGUACACGGAGUUGGACCGAGGCCUGGAAUAAUGGGGAUCGACUAUUCCACUGCUUUUUGGCUUUACUUGGAAUUAGGCUUCAGAGCUUACAAACUUGAAUCUGUUGAAGAUCUCAGCAAUCCGUUCGUGUCCAUGUAUUUCGGUGCUGCUUAUGUGGCAUGGUUAUCAGAAUACGAAGGAAGGGAAAGAACUCCGGAUUUUUUCGUUCAGGCAUAUUUUGUAGGACCGAAAAACGUGAACCCUCAGGAUACAAGCACUCUUUGGCUAAAAUAUGAGGAAGUUCACAGUAAAUAUGAAGAAGAAAGAAAAAAGCACGGCGAAAGCUGCUCCAUUAUGUAACCUGAUAAUGGCGUAGCGAUUCUAGAUUUCGAGGAUCUAUCCGAAGUUGAGUUGUGUUUAUCUUGUGUUAUUUGAGACUAUCUGAUUGGCGUGCUAUAGAAAAGGAAUCGAGAAAUGGAAGAAAGAAGGAAAGGAAAGAAACUUGCAUUCCAAGAAAUUAAAAAUACUUCUUGUAUAGAACUGAUUGUAUAGUCUAUUUGUUUUAGAUUGAUGCUUCAAAAGCAAUUUCAUCAGAAGCAAGAAAAAUAUGUUGCAAUGAUAAGAGUUUGUCCACUAGUCAUAGUCAAUUCAAUGCAAAUUCAGUUGUUACUCCAUUGCAGAAAAACAGAAAGAAUGCAAUUUAGGAUGUUACAAUAGCUCAAACUAUUACAUUGGAAAAUAAAAUGAGUGCUGUAUGAAUAAAUUAUGCUUAACUUUUAUUUAAUGACUCAUGAAUGAGCUAU